AUGACUGAGAAGGGAGAUGAUAAGACUGUUAGAUAUGCCACCAUUUGUUGUGCCCGUGGUGGGAAGGCCUGUAAUAGGAAGUUGAAUGUCACCAGACCAUGUCCUACAGGAAAGACAGAAUGUAAGGUAAAGAUUAAUGUCUUAAAAGUUGACGAAAAGUUUAAGUUGACAACAAUUCAUAAUAUCUAUAACCAUGACCUCAGUCCAAAAAAAUCUCGCUUCUUUCGAUAUAAUAGACAAAUGAGUGACUCCAUAAAAAGAGUCAUAGAUAUAAAUGAUUUGGCUGGUAUCCGAAUGAAAAAGAGUUUUGGAUCUCUUGUCGUUGGUGCGGGUAGUUUCGAGAACCUCUCAUUUUUGGAAAAAGAUUGUCACAAUUAUAUCGACAAAGCAAGACAUUUACGACUUGGCGCAGGUGAUGCUGGAAUGAUUCGAGAGUAUUUUUUACGGAUGCAGUACAAAAAUCCUAAAUUCUUUGCAUUGAUGGAUUUAGAUGAUGACGGAAGAUCUCCGAUCGAAAAUAGAUUUCAAGAAUUGUAUACUAAUGCAAAAUUCAGGGAAGUUCAUAAACAACUUACCUGUCCUAUAGAUCUGGAUUCAGAGUUAAUUAAGAGAGAUGGUGCAGUAAAGACCUAUCUAGUAGAGGAUGAAGAUCGUGUGGAAGACUUCACUAAAUUGGUUACAUGUUCAAUGGACUUUAGUAAGGAUGAUGUCGAUACAAAGUGUUCAUGUGGGUUAUUUCAGAUAAGGGCGGGCUCGAAAAAACAUACUGAGGAUGCAACAUAUAAGUUGUAUGCAAUGAUUGACUUAUAUAGGAAAAACAAAGAACCCCCAUCGAUGACCCUCGACGAUUCCAAUGUUGUUACCUGUACAACACAGGAGACAGUUAUAGGUGGUAGUUCACAUAAAAUAGAUGGAGGAGAUACACAAUUGCCAAAUACGUCCAGGAAUUUAUUUGGACCAUCAGAGAUAGAUAUGUCUAAUGUUGGACACGUGCAGGAGCCUGUUGAAGACAGCUUAGUUGUCGACAUUAUUUGA